AUGGCUGAUGAAUUCGAUCCAUUAAAACAAACAGCGGAUAAACCAGCUGAGAAGUUAUAUACAACAAUACAAAAGAAUACAGAAAAUACGGAUGAUGAUCUUCUUCGUCCUCAAGUUGAAAGUAUCGCAAAAACAGGACAUCAUCAAACAAAUACAUCUACUGAACAAAAAUCACAAGAAAACGUGUAUCAGAAACUUGAUCAUACACAAAAUGCACCGAAAGCUCCGAUUCGAUCAACCAAUCCGUUUGAAGAAGAUGCUAAAAAAGCAUCACCUGCAUUUCAUGCUACUCAACAGCUUCCGCAAGAACAAACAAGAACAACAGUAUCUGAACCACGAAGAGAACCACGUUGGCAAGAUAGUCAAGGUUAUUAUGAUCAAGAUUACGACACAACACAAGCACAAAGCAGUUAUGCUAAUGAAUAUUACGAAGAUUCAUCAUUACAUAAAAAGAAAGGAUUUUUUGCAGUAAUGGAUCGUCUUGUUCAACGUUUUCCAACUUUAAGUAUUUUCUAUAAACCAUCAACAUGUGAUUCAUCGGAAGUUCAUGGAGGUCAAUACGAAGAUGAGUAUGUUGAAGAAGUCGAAAGUGAUGAAGCACCACAAUUAGUGGAUGCAAAUCAAUUACCACGUGAAUUAACAGCUGAUGAAUUAGCUUUAAAUGAACGUUAUUCGAAUAAACUACGUACGCAAAUAAUAGAUCUUCAAGUGAAAGAUCAUCGACAACCAAUUGAUGUAUGUAUUCAUCAUGAAAGUUAUACAUUAUAUUCAUGUGAUGUUGGUCGAAGUAUUGUGGAAAUAUUUGAUAUGUACGGAAAACUUCAACAUACUAUUAAUGAUCAAGCAAUGACUAAAUUUCAACCAACAGCUAUUGCUGUUGCAUAUGAUGGUACAGUAAUACUUGCAAGUCAUUUUCAUCAUUGUCUUUAUAUGUAUUCACCUACUGGUUUACAAGAGACUGAAGAUGCUGCACAAAAUGAAACUUUAUAUGAUGGCUAUCAUUUUAAACAAUAUAAAUUAGGUUCACCUGGUCAUGAUCUACAUCAAUUUCAUCAUCCAGCUGGUAUUGCUAUUGAUUAUAAUGAUGGCUAUUUAUAUAUUUGUGAUCGAGGAAAUUUUCGAAUACAAGUUAUGCGACCAGAAGGAGUAUGCGAACGAGUUAUUGACUUAAUAGUUUGUAAUCAAGAAGAAGAAGAAUAUCAAAUAAAUCCUAUACAAAUAGCUCAUCAACAAAGUACGGAACAAAUUGUUUGUAUUGUUGAUCAGGGUAAUGCUUUAUGUUUUAUUCCAAAAGAUGCUGAUGGACCAACAUAUGUUGAACCAUUCUACAUUCUUGAUAGUAAUGGAUUAGGUCUUGAAGGUGCUUCUGGUAUUGCUGUAGAUUCUAAUGAUCGAAUUUUCAUAUCGGACACAGGUCAUCAUCGUAUUGUGAUUUGUACACCUGAAGGUGGUUAUAUAACACAUUUUGGUGUAGAAGGUACUGGACCAGGUGAAUUAAAACGUCCAUGUGGUUUAGAUAUAACAGUUGAUGGAACGGUUAUCGUUGCUGAUAGUGGAAAUAAACGAUUACAAUUUUUUGGUUCAAUACGUGAACAAACAAUUGAAGAAAAUCAAUCUUCAAUAAAAAAAUCGGAUGAUAAAUAUAGUUCAUGA